GGGAUGAGGAAAAAGGCAUACGACCUCUACCUGGUGUGUUUGUUGCUGGUUUUUCGCCUCCCGAAGGGAUCACGAUCUCCGACGGUAGGCGUAGGCGGGCGUAACGGGGCGACGUCAUCCCAUCCACACGACCGACCGACCCUGGACCUCCAUCUUCUCUUGACUUUUCGGCCACCCCCACACAGCCUCUGGUUUGACAAACAACACACUCGCUCGUACGCUCGUAAGCGAUACGACAUGACAACCUCGAUCGCCCACAGAGAGCAGCAGAGGGCAAACGAGGACGUCGGUCAUUGAGAGGAAGGGACCACAACGGACGAGCGACGACGACGACAAAGGUACGGGAAUCUCUCUGAAAACUGGC